AUGAUGAUAGGUUUAUUUGGCUAUCGAUUAGUUGUUGCCGGCUUGUUUUUUGAAUGGAUCAUGACAUCGAAUGGAGUAGCUGCCUGUAAUGACACUGCUAAUUGGAUUAAUGGUGCUGGGCAUCCUUGCAACGACUACCAAUUUAAUAAUUCGUGGUGUAUAAAUGGUUACUUCCAAGCGAGUAGCUAUUGGACAGGAGGUAGUACAUUUCGUUAUCCUGAGUUCAACUGCUGUGACUGUGGCAAGGGAUGGCCAGUGUGGUUCGUUCCAAAUACAGGCUAUGAAGCUACCAAAGCUGUUCCUGAGUUAACAGACAAUGGCGGAAAUUCAAAUGUCACCGAUUUAAAAUGCAUCGAUCCUAUGGGUAAUUCUGGUGUGUGUACUAUGGCAUGCAAGAUGUGGACACAUCCAGUCAUAUCGCUCACAACUAUUACUAACAACAAUUUUGAUUUGUACAAUUGUACACUGAGUUUACAGACGACAAAUGCCUCAAUGUCAUAUACUCUUCAAAUUCCUCAGAACAACUAUAUAGUUUAUUUUACUAACUGGACAACAGAUGACUACAAUUUUUCGUGCUUGGGUACAACACCACCACCGAAUUCUUCGAUGUUAUGUCGACAUGAUGUUGCCCAGUGUCUGCCACCAGCAACUGCAUACCGAUGUGUAUCGCCAGGUACGUAUUUUCAACUUCGUAAAACUACUAUCAACGAAUCUGCGCUUUAUUUAGAUUGCAUUGGUACAUCAAAUUGGAUCAGCAACAAUACUGCAAGUCGUAUUACAGUAGCAUAUACUUGCAAUUCAUAUGAAGUUGACCCACAAUGGUGUUCUGGAGGAACUGCUACGCCUGGUAAUCAAUGGGCACUAGGCUCAAUGUACAAUUUUCCUGAGUUUAACUGCUGCGGUUGUGGCAAAGGAUGGCCACUAUGGUUUGUUCCAUUAGCUGGCUUUGCAGCCACAAAAGCUCUUCCAGAAUUAAUGAACAAUACACAAAAUUCGAAUGUCACUCAUCUUCAAUGUAUUGAUAGCUACGGGAAUAGCCGAGCAUGUAACAUGACGUGUAAAUUAUGGACAAAUCCAUUGACAUCAAUUGAGACAAUCACCACCAACAAUUUCGAUCUAUUCAACUGUACACUGAUUAUACGGACGAUAAAUGCAUCAAUGUCGUACGUUAUUCAAAUUCCGUCAGAUAACUAUCUAGUAUAUUUUUCGAAUUGGACAACAAGUGACUAUGAUUUCGCAUGUGAAGGCAAUCAAGCACUACCAAAUGUUUCUAUAUUAUGUCGACAUGAUUUUAUUCAAUGUCUAUCAACGGAAGUAACAAAUCGAUACGUACCACCAGAUUGUAUUGAUACACUAAAUUGGACAAAUUUGUAUACUGGAACUCCUACUCAACAAGGAUGGAGCUGUUUCGAAUACGAAUUUAUUCGUGGGUGGUGUGCAGGAGGAACUUUUACUCCAAACAGUCAGUGGACGUUAGUGAUCUGUGAUAUGGAAAAUACUCAAUUUACAACUUUACAGCCAACAUCGUUGGAGGUCGACGGUCAGUUAUUUUCGAGUGUGCAACCGACUGUUUAUCAAGACACUAGUGAAGCACCCACAACUUACACAUCAUUCUCGCCUGUUGUAUCAAGUUCAUUCAAAGCAACGACCUAUGCUGAAGAAACUACAACCACUGCAUCGCCUGUCGGAUCCAGUUCAUUUAAAGCGACGACUUACACUGAAGAAACUACAACCACUGUAUCGCCUAUUGGAUCAAGUUCAUUUAAAGCAACGGCUUACGCUGAAGAAACUACAACCAUUGCAUCGCCUGUCGGAUCCAGUUCAUUUAAAGCAACAACUUACGCUCAAGAAAUUACAACCACUGCACUGAUCGCGUUCGUCACUGCAGCAACACUCCCUCCUUCUCCUGUUUGGCAAUCUCCAACGUGUGCCAAUGGUAACAUCGGUCUUAAUUGUAAUGUCACCGUUGAUCUUUGUCAGAUAACUAAUCCAUGUCUUAACAAUGGCACAUGCGUCAAUACUUUAUCGUCUUCUUAUACAUGUACAUGCAUGCAAGGGUUCACAGGCUCACAUUGUGAAACUGAUAUUCGACCUUGUAAACCGUGGACUUGCCUUAGUUAUGGCCUAUGUAAUGAAACUAGUCCCACAACCUUUCAGUGUGAAUGUUAUCCUGGCUAUGAAGGUCUUAAUUGUGAAUCACUCACCGAUUACUGUCGUGAGAUUGUAUGUCAAAACAAUGGGCAAUGUCGUCCGAUUUUACUAAAUUUCACAUGUGAAUGUACAACAAAAGAUGUUACCGGUCGAUACUGUGAAAUCAAAAGCAAUUCGCUCGUUAUCAAAGCCGCCAUCAAACAGUCUGUUGGAUACAUAGCCAUAAUAGCUAUUGUCGGUGUUAUUUCUAUAUUUGUCGGGUUGGAUGCACUGACAUACAUUUUUAAAAUUGAUACAGUAAAGAGACAUCGAAGAUAUCUUGCUAGACGACGUCGACAACAACGAGAACGACAGUCAAAACCGAAAUUAGUGGUACGUUUUGUCUAUGUCAAUGCUUCGCCAGAUGAAUCAACAAUCGAAGUAUGA